GAAUGACAAUCCCUGUCAAAAUUGACAUGGUUCAAAUUCCUGUUCGCAAGAGGGAGCACAGCGAUCUCUUGCUGGGCGGGCGGCACUUAAAUCAAACUUCCUUGUGGGAGGAUUUGCUGGACAAUUUCUGGUCUAGGUACAAAGCCUAUGAUGCUGGCCAUCCGAUGAAUGGUGCAAUGGUUACCAUUGAGGGGGAGGAGGUGACAUUGCAUUUUGCAAUGUUGGGUGUCAAGGGCGACUGGGUCUACUUGCGGAAGGAUUGGUUUGACUUCUCCAGCACAGCCCCCUGGCGUUUCAACGAAAGCCCGAGUCCCUUCAAGCAAAGAGCCUCCCCUUUGUCCCAAGUGCCUGGGCUUGAGAACCCAGCCAGUGCACUGGUUGAUUCGGCUCAUACAUGGCACAUUGGGUUACUGGCUUGCAUCACGCAGGUUUUGAUUUGGGAGUGA